AUCAAGCUGACGUAGAGGUUUCGUUGAUCCUUUGCCAGGGCGCGAGAUUAUGACAGGCGUCUGGGCCCCACCCCCCCUUUCUUGUUACGUGGCAACAGAAACCGCCGCCGCUGCCUACACAGUUGCAGAGGAGGUGUCUGGGAGGAGUCUGCAGCUUUUGGGAUCCCGAGAAGCUGGCAAACGGAGCCAGCGCUAGCAGAGACGAGUCAGAAAUCACAGCAGGGUUAUGCCCUCCAGGGCAAGAAGGUGGGAGCUGGGCUGUGGCUUUUGUCUGGCAGGCGCGAAGGCUUAGACAAGAACCCAGUCGGGAAUUUGGAAGGGCCCCAGAGAACGGAGGGCUGUACGUGGGGAAGGAGAGGCCAGAGGGUUAGAGGAGCUCAGAUCUUGCUGAGAAUGAAGUAGAGUUGGAAGUGGAGUGGGGUGGGAUAGAGUGUGAAGGGGGAUGGAGGGUGAAUGUAUGGAUAUGAGGGUACUCUGGAGCGACUGGGUUAUGGGCUGGGGAAAACUAUAAAUGGCCAGAGGUACUGCUCCGUCCCCUGCUUCCCUCCCGUUUCCCCAAGCAGGGUUCAGCGACUGCCGCUGUAGCCCAAGAAUAGUCUUGGACCCGAGUCACUUGCUGACUGCUUGAGCCUAGCCCCAAACUGAGAGCUUCAAAAUUGGGACUCCUAGCUGAGAAAGAUGUUUAAGACAGACCUGCCACCAGAUCCCAAGGAGGCAGCAGCCAUAGAGGCUAGAAGAAAUCGAGAAAAGGAGCGACAGAGCCGAUUCCUCAAUGUGCGGACCAGAGUCAUGGGGGUGGACGUUGAAGCCCUGAACAGCCAGGUGGAAGAGCGAAAGCUUCAGGAGGCAACAGAGCAGAGCAAGAAAGCAGCUUAUGGUACUAACCAGGUGCAGUAUGAUGUGGUGGCUCAGAUGCUAGAGAAAGAACAGGCAGAACGGACACGUCGGCUGGCCAAGAAAGUCCAAGAAUUUCGGGAGCAGAAGCAGCAGCUCAAGAACAGGAGUGAGCUUGACCUUUGGGAUCCACACCGACUCUGGAAGGAGUUUCCACCUCAUCUCAGUAACAAUGAUCCAUACUGUGGCCCAGCCAGCCUGCAGUACUUCUCCGGGGAGGACCUGAAUAGAUCCACACACCUGAGAAUGCAGCAAGAGCAGUUCAGAUAUAGCCUGGAGAGGCAGCUUCAAGAACAACAGCAAGCCAGAAUUGACUAUAACUGUGCAGAUAUGCUCAAUAACCAGCUGCGCCUAGCCAUGGACAUGCGGGCCGCCCAAAUGGCCAAGCUAGAGGAAUCCUGCCGCAUGGCCAUGAUGUCUGCCAUGGCCAAUGCCAACAAAUUCCAGGUAGCUGAGGUGGCCGAGCGGCAGCGCCGUGAACAUCAGUGCCAACAGGAGGCAAACCUCACGGAGAUCCAAAACCAGAUCACGAGUGACUUACUGACUGAGAACCCCCAGGUCGCCCAAAAUCCUGUGGCUCCCCACAGGGUCCUGCCCUAUUGCUGGAAGGGCAUGACUCCAGAGCAGCGAGCCGCCAUCAGGAAAGUACAGGAGGCGCAACGCCAUGAAAAGGAGGCACAGCGCCAGGCUGAACAAGCAAUGGAUUCCGAAUGGGAAAGCCAGGCCGAGCGCCUGGCCAGGGCAGCACAGGAGCUAGAAGAGCAGGAGAGGGAGCUGUGUGCCGAAUUUCGGAGGGGGCUUGGCUCCUUCAACCAGCAGCUGGCUAAGGAGCAAAAAGCCCAGCAUAAUUACCUGAAUUCAAUAAUCUACACCAAUCAACCUACAGCCCAAUAUCACCUGCAAUUCAACACCAGCAGCCGCUGAGCUCAGGAUGGUCAUCUCUCCCUCCUCCCCCAUCAAGCUCGCAGAGGCUAAGAGUCAGAGAGUGAAAUGCUGCAGAUCCCCUUGGCCGAUCCAUUAGUGGUGGGAGAGAGCUGAGCCAGUUUGACCCUACAUAUUAAAGUUAGUCACGAAAAUCAAGGCCACGUGUUAUAAACAGAACACAAAAAGAGUGAGGUGCUGACUUUCCCACCCCACCUCUGGGCUUUGAGCAUCCAAGCCUGCCAGAGUUUUCAUCCAUUCACCUUUCCUUCCCACGCCAGCUCUCCCAGCACACAGUGCUGCUCACUCCCCUGCGAGAAAGAGACUUUAUUAGGCACAGAGGGUGACGUGGGCAGAGGUUACAAAAUGGCUAUUGGACUUCCUCCCUCCCACGCUGGAGUACAGUACUCCAGGAGGAGGAGGGACAGAAGAGCAUGUGUUUUCUCUGCCCUGCCCUCC